UAACCCUCAAUUUAGGUGGCAAUAAAUUAGACGUUUGGCUCACAAUUUCCGCCCAAAUGGAUACCAAAGACUUCUGGCAAUUGGUUCCCGACGUCCAGACAGAGAGACGGCUUGUCAUGAAUUGGAUGAACGCACCGAAGGGUUGUACAGAUGAUUGGGUGGCACUGUAUGCCAAUCACACCGAUAGCAUCGAUAAUCCUGUAUUCAAAAUCAAUACAAAUUGCCUUAAAAGCGGUCAUAAACGAACUUCUCACCAAAUAUUGAAUAUAGACUUUAAUGCAAAUGAGACACUCAUUAAUGGUUGUCUGAAAUGGCAUAUAAUAUACGUCCGGAAUAAUACCAUUUUAGCCCAAAAUUGCUUCAAAACUCAACCCUUUUGGAUGGAAAACAGUCUUCACUCGAUUGGACACAAAAGACUCGAUGAGAUCGCGAUACCCGGCGCUCACGACUCGGGAUGUUAUCAUAAAUACGGAUUAAAUAAUAUUCCCACAAAAUCAAUCUAUUUGUACGCUCAGGACGAGAGCAUAUUUGAUCAAUUAGUUUAUGGCAUACGAUAUGUGGACAUAAGGGUUGGCCAUCAGGAAGACGACUACCAGUCCCUCACCAUAGAAGAGCCCUUACAGAUAAUUCACGGCCAAUGGAUGUGCGAGCACUCAGUCCGUCGAAUACUACAAGACAUUAAAGCUUUUCUAAUGGCGGCGCCCAAAGAGGUGGUCAUCUUUGAUAUACAUAAGCACAGGAACUUUAUGAAUGACUCAACCGGACAGGUAUUUCACGACAGACACCAACAGCUUAUGGAUCUCAUUAAAGAGUUUGUCGGCCAAUGGAUUGCACCGGAAACAAAUAAGACGAUAAACGAAAUGAUAGAAUCGGAUAAACGACUGGUCAUUGGCUAUGAGGACAAACAUGUGCUCACAAGCGACACGGAUAGGGGACUGGUAUGGCAUCCUGUGAGGCAUCAGUGGGCGAAUGAGAACUCUGUGGAAGGUUUGGAACAGUAUUUCCGGUCACACCUGUGCUCAGCCCAUGAGAGACAAUACCUUCGCUCAGCUAUGGCUCAAAUGACACCAACUUUUGAGGAAAUUAUAUUCAGUUUCCGAUCGAAGGGAGGGCUGAGACAGAGGGCCGACACUGUGAACCCACUGUUCCCGAAGUGGUUUUACAGCCAGUGGUGGGACUGUAUUAAUAUUGUGAGCGCCGACUACUUUUUGGGCUCUAAUAUAGUGGAUAUUGCCAUCAAAGUUAAUGAGAAAAAGUUUGCAUCAAAUUUGAUCAGAUAA